AUGCGCGCCACAGUCAGCAAUGCGUGGCCCCCAGAGCCACCCUCGAACGAGACAGAGGCGCAGAAGGCCACCCGACUCGAGGCUGAGCGCGCAGCAAAGGAGAUCAGCGAUGACAUUGACAAAGCCAUCGAGGCGGAGCGGCAGGAGUUGCGGAGAAACAAACCUCAAACGAAGGUCCUCCUCCUUGGUCAAGCGGAGUCGGGCAAGUCCACUAUGAUCAAGAACUUCCAACUCUACUUCUGCCCGGCCGCCUUCUUCGCCGAAGCCGAGGCCUGGCGCACAGUCAUCCACCUCAACCUCGCGCGCUUCGUCAACUUCCUCCUCCACAUCCUCACCAACCCCCGGUCCUCGUCGAGCAGACGCCCAAGGACCUCGACGACCACGGCAGAGGUCGCGCGCGACGUGCGCAUCCUGCAGAUGCGCCUCUCCCCGCUCAAGCAGGUUGAAAUUAUCCUCUCGCGCGCGCUCUCCCCCGACGGCACUGGAGUCGCGACCUCGCCCGUGUCAUCCCCCACGCUAUCUCCCACGGACAGUCGCGUGAACGCGCCGUGGACCGGGGAGGUGCCCGCGACCGAAAUUUCGAUCAGGAGCGGGUCCGGGUGGAAGAACAUGAUGCGCCGGCGGCGCGGGUCGCAGACACAGAGGCCAGUGAUGAUCCAGCUCGACGAACUCGACGAUACGCGGAAGGUCAUCGACGCGUGCAAGGAGGACAUCGCUGCGCUGUGGAAGACGGCGGGCGCGGAGAUCAUUGGGGAAAUAGGGAUCGACACCCACCACCAUGCGAGAUAUUUCCUGGACGACGUGCAGCGGGUCGCGGACAUUGAGUAUUUCCCUACAACAGACGAUAUUCUUCGGGCCCGGCUGCGCACAGUCGGCGUCGAAGAGUACCGGCUAACGAUGGAGACCGCAGCAGAGAAAGGCAACGACUGGCUCUUCUACGACGUUGGUGGUUCGCGCAGUCAACGUACUGCGUGGGCAUCAUACUUCGACGAUGUGAACGCUGUCGUCUUCUUGUGUCCAAUGAGCGGCUUCAACCAGCGGCUAGAAGAAGACAGGAAGGUCAAUCGACUGGCAGAUUCGCUAGCCUUAUGGGAGCAAGUAUGCAAGAGUAGGCUCUUGACGAAUGCGACCUUCAUUCUUCUCCUCAACAAGGCCGACGUACUAUUUGCGAAGUUGAAAUCUGGCAUUCAGUUUGAAGACUACGUGUCGAGCUACCGCGGUCGCCCCAACAAAGCCGAAAAUGUUGCAGAAUACCUUCGCGAUCAGAUGAUCCGAACACAUCGCAUACACUCUCCGAAGAAACGCCAUCUACACGCUCACAUUACAUGUGCAGUUGAGCCCAAGAUCAUGGCCACCGUAUUAAUCAGCAUCCGAGACACGGUUCUCGUCAACGUCCUCCAAGAGACAUCAUUGUUGUGA